UGCUGCGUCAAGAUGCCUAGUAUCCUUGCCUAUCAGAGCUCUGAGGUGGACUGGUGUGAGAGCAACUUCCAGUACUCGGAGCUGGUUGCUGAGUUCUACAACACGUUCAGCAAUGUCUUGUUCUUCAUCUUCGGACCACUCAUGAUGUUCUUGAUGCAUCCGUACGCCCAGAAACGCUCCCGCUUUGUCUAUGGCAUCGUGACCCUCUUCAUGGUCAUAGGCCUGUUCUCCAUGUACUUUCACAUGACGCUCAGCUUCCUGGGCCAGCUGCUGGACGAGAUUGCCAUCCUUUGGCUGCUAGGUGGCGGCUACGGUAUAUGGAUGCCCCGCUGCUACUUCCCUGCCUUCCUUGGGGGGAACAGGACCCAGUUCAUCUGCCUGGUCUUUGUCACCACCAUGGUCAGCACCUUGCUGUCCUUCCUGCGGCCCACAGUCAAUGCCUACGCCCUCAAUACCGUCGGCCUGCACAUCCUCUACAUCGUGUGCCAGGAGUACAAAAAGACCAAAAAUAAGGAGCUUCGGCAUCUGAUCGAGGUCUCUGUGGUUCUGUGGGCCAUCGCCCUGGCCAGCUGGAUCAGUGACCGUCUGCUCUGCAGUUUCUGGCAGCAGAUCCACUUCUUCUACCUUCACAGCAUCUGGCAUGUGCUCAUCAGCAUCACCUUCCCUUAUGGCAUGGUCACCUUGGCCCUGUUGGACGCCAGCUAUGAGAUGCCGGGCGAAACCCUCAAAGUUCGCUACUGGCCCCGGGACACUUGGCUCGUGGGGCUGCCGUACGUAGAAGUCCAGAAUGGCAACAAGAACUGCUGACUGUCCGACUGCCUGUGUCUUGAGGGAAGAACACCUGGACUAGGACUGGAGAAUGUGGCUCUACCUCCAUUCUUCCUUCCCUGCUCUCCUGUCUUAAGUCAGGGGGUGGAUGUCGUGACAUCUCUGAUGAUCCUGGAGGGCUGCCUCACACAUCUCCCCUCCAUGACCUGCCCCUGUCUUCUUUUAUUUCCUCCUCUAUGUCCACAGCUUCCCCAUGACCAUUGUCACACAAGCUGAUGGAGCCAGAUUACCAGCUGCUAGGAUGACUGGGUGAUGUGUACUCACCAGGCUGGAGCUUGUCUCCUGAGCA